GUUUUUUUUUCUUUCGCCACUUUAAGUUUAUCUUCGGUUGUGGAAACAUCAAAAUAUCUUUUACCUUAAAGAGAGAAAAACAUUUACAUCAACUGUUUAUUUCUCUUCUCCUUAAUUUGUGUGUCUUAAAUCCACUUUUGAUUAACCGUUAAUCCAGAUUAAUAUCACCAUAACCAUGGGUUGUUGUAGAGCUUUUGUUAAACAUUUAGUUUGUAUGUUGGCUUUUGCUACUUGGUUUCUUGGGAGCAUCUUAAUUGCGUUUACAUUAUGGAUUCUGAGUACAUCAUCAACAGCCAAGAACUUUUUCAACGGGACAACGCCCAUCAUUUACGUUUUCUUGGGACUUGGAGGUUUACUUUUCACCAAUGGUCUUCUGGGUUGGAUGGGUUCAUAUAGACGUGGUGGAUGUAUGUUAAAACUGUUUCUAUUUUUAUCGGUAUUGACAAUCGCAGCGGAAAUUGGAGGAAUCAUAUCGCUAUCGAUUUUACGUGCUAAAGUAACUGAGAUCGUAGAGGAAGGUUGGAAUGAGAUGAAUCAACGAACUCGUAAUUUAAUUCAAUCUCAGCUUGAAUGUUGUGGAUUAACUGGUCCCAAAGAGUUUGCCCAUAAUACUGAGGAGACCGAUAAAUCAUGUUACUCAAUUAUCCCCAAAGAAUUAGGAUUUACUUCAUCUCCAUCAUCUAAUCCAAUGAGUAGUGAAGCAAUUUACCAUGAAUCUGGUUGCAAAGACAAACUUGUUGAUUGGAUUUACAAGCAUAAAUUGAUUUGGAUUUCAACUUUUGGUGGAUUCUUAUUGUUCCAGGUUGUCACCGUACUUUUGUCCGUAUCUGCAAUUAACAACAUGAAAAGCCGAAGCUCGUCAAUGGAAUCGUUAGAUGAUCCUCAUCAUAUAACUUACAUGUAAUCGCCGCUAAUUGUUACUGAUUUAAAUCUCCUUUUUUCUCUCUCACUCUCUCUUUUCCUGGAUUUACACAAUUACAAGGAUUUAAAUUAUUUUACUCAAGGAUUUUACUAAAUCAAAUCGAUGGAUGAUCCAACUAAAUGAUUCCUUUUUAUUACAUUCCCUCUUUCUGGAUCAUCUUGAUUCUGAUGAUUACUUGAUGGCGAUUAGAGCUACAAUUAAUACUAUUUACAACCCGAUUGCUUUCAUGUGCCAAUGAGCUGAACAAGAUCAGAUUGUUUUUAUUUUGCUGACCACAAUCAACAUAAACGAUUGACCCACACAACUAUUAAUACAUCAUAAAACUCAACGUUUUUCACGUUUUUGAUUAUUAAUCACAAAUUUAAAUCAAAAACAAUUAACUUUCUAUUCCUUUUCUCAUUUACUUUUUGUGUUCAUCUUCAUCCAUACCCAUCAAAAUAUUAGUUAAUUGUUUUAUCAUCACAAUUAAUUGUUUCCUCAAUCUUUCACUGACAUGAUAAUAUUUAAAAACAAAAUUUCCCAUAACUAAAUUGUGAAAAAUGAAAGGGAAGAAAUCUAAUUGUAAAACUCAAUCAAGUUGCCCAAUAAUCUUCAACUUUACCUUAAUUGUUAACCCCAAUAAUCGACAAUUAACUUGAUUUGACUUUUCUUCCCAAUCGAACUACAUUUUCGUAAACAAUUUUAAUCAUCAUUCUGCAUCCCCUUUGCUAAUUAUCAUCUUUUUAUGAAUCGCAAGUAUUAAACUAAUUAAAUAAAUCAAUUGAAAAAAAAGUAAAUAAAGGAUAAAAACAAUCAAA